GUCUGAAACUGGUCCAGUGCAGUCAUGGGGGUAGCUCUGGAACAGUUCUUCAUUUUUGUAGGGUUGCUGGUGUGUCUGGUGUACCUGGUGAAGUGUGUCAGAUUCUCCAAAUGUAUUUUUCGGCACUUCUGGAAAGUUUUGCCAAGGUCUUUCUUGAAGUCAAUGGGACAGUGGGCAGUGAUCACUGGAGCAGGAGAUGGGAUUGGGAAAGCUUAUUCCUUUGAGCUAGCAAGACAAGGACUCAAUGUUGUGCUUAUCAGCCGGACGCUGAAAAAGCUACAGGCCAUUGCUGCAGAGAUCGAGUGUACCACAGGGAGUAGCGUGAAGAUCAUACAAGCAGAUUUUACCAAAGACAACAUCUAUGAGCAUAUUAGAGAAAAACUUGAAGGCUUAGAAAUUGGAGUUUUAGUCAACAAUGUUGGAAUGCUUCCAAACCUUCUCCCGAGCCCCUUCCUUGAUACACCAGAUGAAAUCCAGAGUCUCAUCCACUGUAACAUCACCUCAGUAGUGAAGAUGACACAGUUAAUUCUGAAACAAAUGGAAUCAAGGCAGAAAGGGCUCAUCUUGAACAUUUCUUCUGGGGCAGCCCUCUUUCCCUGGCCUCUCUACUCCACAUAUUCAGCUUCCAAGGCUUUUGUGUGCACAUUUUCCAAGGCACUGCAAGUGGAAUAUAAAAGGAAAGGAAUCAUUAUCCAGGUACAGGAGACUGACUUAGGCCGGAGGAAUUGUGGAGAAGAAAUAAGAAAAGUGGGCAAGCGAUCUAUAUUGGAAAGAGGUGGCAGUUGGGGGGUAGCAGCAGUUGGGUGCAGUUGAAGAAGAGGAGCUUGGCUUCCUUUUUCACCUACAGCGGCAGAACCAUCGUGGAGAUGAGCCUGUCCCAACCAUAAACAAAGGAAGGUUGUCACAGCCAUCUGCAGGCUGUGCAAUAUGAUUCUUGACGUGUCAGUGACAUAUAUGUGCUUGGCUCAGCAAUAUAGAGUGAAGUGCUUUCUGGAAUCUGUAGUUAACAGUUUACAGAGUUGUAGUUUUUUUGUCAUUGUUUGGGAAGUAGCUUUAAGACAUACUAUUAGAAAUGAAAAAGGUACACUCAAUUAAACCUGUAAAAUUAUUGCUAUACAUCCUGAUUUUCAAUUAAAAUACCCAGGUGAGAACAUCUCAGGUGACUGUUCCUAUAAAUUAAUCAUGUGUAGGAUAACGACAUAUCAAUAUGUCCUGUUCAAUAGGCAGAUAUGAGUUAAUGGCAGGAACUUUGCAAAUAAUACCAUCUUCCAUGGUGAAUGAUUGUAACAGCCCGGUCACUAGACCACAGUCCUAUUCUCUGCCCUGAUGGACUUAAUUCUCACCUAUCACAUAUUUCCCCCUCCUAUCCAUUCUCUAAUCCCUAGCUGAAGACAGAUUCUUUUUGUAACAGUUCUGCUCCAUAUAGGCUAAGUUUCCUACAGUAAAAAAAUAACUCCUAAAAUCUCAUUGGCCUGAAACUACAAAGAUUUAUUUCUCAUUCACUAUAAGCUGGCAGAGAAGAUUAACUCAUUGUAGUGAUGCAGGGACCCGGGCUGAUGGAGCAGCUGACAUCUUGGAUAUUGUCAAUUGAUAUGCCAGAGAAAAAGUGGGAGGAGUUCCUGAAGCUCUUGCUUUGAUAAUUAAGAGCUCUAUCAGAAAAUAUAAGAAGCAUACCUUCUCAAACCCAGUUAUUUCCCUAUCUGGAAACUGGGUUUAAGAAUGCAUGCUUCUCGUAUUCCUCUAAGCGUAACACUUUGAGAUCUUUGGAAGAAAUGUGUUAUACAAAUUAAUGACAGUGUUAAUUUCCACGAGAACCAAUUCAGUUGUUGAUCAGCUCAAAAUUAGAUUCAGUAAUAAAACAAUGCAAUUUCAA